GGGGAGGAUAAUCUCUCCAUCUCUCUCUCUCAUUUUGGAUAUAAAAUGAUUAUUUCCUCUCUUCCAGUCAUCGCUCCUCCUAAAACCAUUCUGGAGGACCCAACAGCCACCCUCUUCCAGGCUGACCUGUUCCCUGCUGCCCUGGUCUACUUUGGCUCUGACGUCAAGACAGAGAGUUACUUAGAGAGACAUCUCCUGGAUUCCAGUGUCUCGGCCCUACAAGCAGACGAGGCCAUUGCUGGCUGUAUGCCCAGGUCUUCGCCCCCCUCCUCCUUCUCUUCCAUGGUUACAGAGGAGCCCCUUCCAGACCCCCCCGCGGGGACCAGGGAGAUUGAGGAGGAAGAGGAGCCAAACACACACAGCCAGGCCACCAAACCAGUCAGGACGGACACCGGCAAGGUCCCCAAGUGGCUCAAACUGCCAGGUAAGAAAUGAGGAUUGUGAUCAGAUGACUACGGCUACCAUAGAGGGACAUACAGAACAGAGCGGACGCCCCAACACACUGUUCCCCCUACCUUUUUAUUAACAUGAAAUUCCAGGCUCAAAGUGGAUUGUGAUGUAUUCAAACCCAUUGUGAAUCCAGUGUGCACCUUCAAAUAGUUUUACAAGAGUUCAAAAACAUGAAACGAACGAAUAAAGGAAUCUAAAAUGUC